CUCUCUCUCUCUCUCUCUCUCUCUCUGUGGUUACUUCUUCUCUUCGGUGGUGGUGGGGAGCCACUUGCUGAUGAUGGGGAAUGGAUGAUUCUCGCCCUGCGCUUGUCAAAUUUCUUGAAAAGAAAUCAAUUCCCCUCCCAAGUUCUUUCCUUUAUUAUCAUUUUGUCCUUCUUUCUAGUACCCUUUUCCCCCUAAUUCUGUUCAUUGUAUUGGGUGGGCCUGGGUUCGGUUCUUGGGUGCUGUCGUUUCGUUUCCCCAGAGAUCUGAGGAUUCAGGCAGGGGAGAGCAAAAUUAAUGCGUUGAAGGAGCAGCGAAGGAAGAAUCCUGAACUCGAAGUCGCUUCUGACCGUCGUAAAUCUGCAAUGAAAGCACUGGAGGCAUAUGUUAGUGACAUGGAUUCAAAGACAAUCCCGCUCUUCCUUGCACAAGUAUCGGAAACCAAGGAAACGGGGUUUGUAUCAGGAGAGUACACAAUUUCUCUCUUUGAAGUUCUUGCCCGUGUCCAUGGAGUCAACAUUGUUCCACAGAUUGAUAGCAUCAUGUCUACCAUUGUCAAGACAUUGUAUUCAAGUGCAGGCUCGUUCCCUCUUCAACAGGCCUGCUCGAAAGUAGUUCCAGCAAUCGCACGAUAUGGAAUUGACCCUACCACACCAGAAAACAAGAAACGGCACGUAAUUCAUGCUUUGUGUAAGCCUCUUUCAGAAUCUCUGUUGGGUUCUCAGGAGAGUUUAACUUCUGGUGCUGCCCUUUGUCUAAAAGCCCUUGUGGACUCUGAUAAUUGGCGGUUUGCUUCAGACGAGAUGGUGAAUAGAGUCUGUCAAAAUGUCACCGUUGCUUUGGAGGAUAAAACUACUCAGACUAAUUCGCAUAUGGGUCUUGUAAUGUCCUUGGCAAAGCAUAAUGCCCUCAUUGUUGAAGCUUAUGCAAGACUGUUGAUUCAAUCGGGACUGCGGAUCUUGCAUACUGGAAUUUCUGAGGGGAAUUCUCAGAAACGAUUAUCUGCCAUUCAAAUGGUGAAUUUCCUGAUGAAGAGCUUAGAUCCUAGGAGCAUAUAUUCUGAGCUUGAUUUGGUCAUUGAUGAAAUGGAGAAGUGUCAGUCUGAUCAGAUGGCUUUUGUUAGCGGAGCUGCAUUUGAAGCUUGGCAAACUGCUAGGAGAAUUGCUGAAGAGGAAGGUUUAAAAUCAGAGAGAGAGUCCAGUUCAGUCACUGGGUCAAAUUUUGUCAGACAGCAUGGUCGGAGGAGAGGUUGCUGGGGCUCUGGUGAGCGGUCAUCUGCAUCGGCCUCGCCUGAAUCGCAGACCCUCAAUUCACUCAGUGGAUGUGAUUCCCUGUUUGAGUCACCGAUUUCAUCGAGGCAGGUUUCCCCUGAUCUGGACAAUAAUUGUAGAAGUGAGAACAGGAAGUUAUGGAGGUCUGAGAAUGGAGGGCUAGAUGUGUUUCUGAAGGAUGGCCUGUUCUCUCAGUUGGCUCACAGGAGUGGCGUCUCCUACACAAAUUCUGAAUGUGUGUGUAACCGUGAGUCGGAUCAUAGAGGAGGAAAUUACAGGGAUGAAUUUGAAGAUUUCGUGCAGGGAAGUCUCUCUGAUGGAACAGCAGGACAGAGUCCAAUUUCAACUCCCCAGAGUUCACCCUACAAUCAUGGUUCUCCCUGUGAUGCAAACAAGGUCAAAGAACAUGGAAAUGCAGGUGUUGAACAAUUUCAAGGCGGAUCAGAGUCAAUAUCAUCAAUUGUCCAUUCUAUAGGUUCUCAUGAUGCAAGAGCAUGUCAGAUGUACGACAUCAGGAAGACUCCGAAGAGAACUUUCCUAGCAGUGAUGCUUGCCCUGUUUUUCAUUUUGCUUGCAUUUGGCCCUUCACUAGUCUGGGAUGAUGUUAACUUUGAAAUUGGCCAUCUUGUACCAACUUAGACGUUUCAGCUGCUUUCAGGAUAGUCAGAACAUUUUACAGGUAUUCAACAUCAAUAUGAUAUAGAAGUAAAGGAUCUAGCUAAAUGUUUGUGUACCAAUUUUUGUAAUUGAUGGAACAUCCAAUA